CGGUCCCCUGGGCGCUGCUCUCGGGUGCCGGGCGGGGGCGGGGGCGGCCGGGGCUGCGGGCGGCGCGGGCGAUCGCCCUCCGCGGGGCCCCCCGACCGCGGCCGGCGCGGCCCAUGGACGGCCCCGCGGUGAUCACGCAGGUGACGGGGCCCGGGGAGGACGCGGCCGCCAAGGCCGCCCAGUGCAACCUCGACGUGAAGAAGCCCAGGCACCGAGGCGUCCUCAGCUCCUUCUUCUGCUGCCUCCGGGCCUACGAGGGGGAGGCCUCGCCCUGCCGCAGUGGCCCCCAUGUGCUCCCGCCACUGCCGCCGGAGGAAAACGAGGGGCUACACAAGGGUGACCAGAGUGAAGUCAUUCCCAUACCGAGUCCACCAGCUGAAUACCUUCUUCCGGAGGUGACGGUGCCGGACUAUGGAAAGAAGUGCAUUGUUAUCGACUUAGAUGAGACCCUGGUGCACAGCUCAUUUAAGCCUAUUAGUAAUGCUGAUUUUAUUGUUCCGGUUGAAAUUGAUGGAAGUAUACAUCAGGUGUACGUGCUGAAGCGGCCGCACGUGGACGAGUUCCUGCAGCGCAUGGGGCAGCUGUUCGAGUGCGUGCUCUUCACGGCCAGCCUGGCUAAGUACGCAGACCCCGUGGCCGACCUGCUGGACCGCUGGGGCGUCUUCCGCGCCCGGCUCUUCAGGGAGUCCUGCGUGUUCCACCGUGGCAGCUACGUGAAGGACCUGAGCCGCCUGGGCCGCGAGCUGAGCCAGGUCAUCAUCGUAGACAACUCGCCCGCCUCCUACGCCUUCCACCCCGAGAACGCCGUGCCCGUCCAGUCCUGGUUCGACGACAUGGCCGACACGGAGCUGCUGGACCUCAUCCCGUUCUUUGAGGGGCUCAGCCAAGAGGACGACGUGUACCCCGUGCUCCACAAGCUCUGCGACAGGUAGCGCCCGCCCUGGGCCCAGCUGUGCCAUUCCAGAACGUUCCACUCAGGGGAUCCCCUC